CAGAGGAAGACAUUACUGGGUACCUACAACCCAGCGGCUGUUUGGGGGUCAGAUUGUGGGCCAGGCCCUGGUGGCUGCAGCCAAGUCUGUGAGCGAAGACGUCCAUGUGCACUCCCUGCACUGCUAUUUUGUACGGGCAGGGGAGCCUAGAGAAGAACAAGGCCUGGGGCCAAGAAGAGUGUUGGACCUCACACCUGAGAUAACUGAGUGCUUGUUGAUGUGAAAAUGUUGGGGUUCGGAGCAAAUGGUCCAGAAAGAAUUCUUGAAGAAGACUUCGAUGCAAAAAGGACCUACCUGCUCUGUUCCAAUAAAAACAUCCAAGAACAGGUCUGGAACUCAUUCACACUGAAAGGGGACCUCAAGGUGCCAGUGCUGUACCAGGUGGAGCGGACGCGGACGGGGACGAGCUUCUCGGUGCGCUCCGUGAAGGCCGUGCAGCAUGGCAAGCCCAUCUUCAUCUGCCAGGCCUCCUUCCAGAAGGCCCAGCCCAGCCCCGUGCAGCACCAGUUCUCCAUGCCCAGCGUGCCCCCACCCGAAGAGCUGCUGGACCACGAGGCCCUCAUCGACCAGUAUUUAAGGGACCCCAACCUCCAAGAGAAGUACCGAGUGGGACUGAACCGAAUUGCUGCCAAGGAGGUGCCCAUUGAGAUUAAGCCGGUUAAGCCACCUACCCUGAGCCAGCUGCAGAGCAUGGACCCCAAACAGAUGUUCUGGGUGCGAGCCCGGGGCCAUAUUGGGGAGGGCGACAUGAAGAUGCACUGCUGCGUGGCUGCCUACAUCUCGGACUACGCCUUCCUGGGCACGGCAGUGCUGCCCCACCAGUCGCAGCACAAGGUGCACUUCAUGGUCUCUCUGGACCACUCCAUGUGGUUCCACACCCCUUUCCGAGCUGACCACUGGAUGCUCUAUGAGUGUGAGAGCCCCUGGGCUGGUGGCUCCCGGGGGCUGGUCCAAGGGCGACUAUGGCGUCGGGACGGCGUCCUGGCUGUGUCCUGUGCCCAGGAGGGCGUGAUCCGAGUGAAGCCCUGGGCCUCAGAGAGCAAGCUGUAGCCAGAGGGACCAGCUUGGCCUGGGUCUUCAAGGAUCACCCUUCUCCCCACCAACUCCGUACAAUCGAGGGCUGGGCCUUCUGUCCCCAAACCCAAUAAAGAGACUAAUACCACUGGAGCUGCUGGCCUUUAAUUCCCCUGGGCCAGAUGGCAGCUGUACUCCAGGACUCCAGGGGAAGAGUCCUUGGCCGUCUGGCCAAGGAAGAGGUAACGCCGACCUACACUGGAGCAUGGUCCCCAGACACUCGUGAGCUGGACAGGCUGCAUCAGACUUGCUCCCUACACCACCCCAGGGCAACCCCGGCCAAAGCUUGUCCUGAGCCCAGCUCGACAGAAGGAACAUGGUUCCUUGGUGUGCUACAAAUUCUUCGUAGGGCUUCUAGGGGUUCCCAGCACCCCCUACAGCUUCCCAACUGCUAUUCCUGUCCUCCUUACUCACCCCCACCCUCCAUCCUGGGACGGUGUCUCUCCCCACAGUGGCCUGAAGUCUAGGCAAAGUCAGUCCAGUACCUCCUUGAUGAGCAAUUCUUUGAGACUGGGGGGUGGUGUGGGGGUCAGGCCUGCCUCCUGCAGGGCCUGGAGCCGGGCCUCUGAUUGGCGUUUGUCCAGGCCCAGGCGCCAGGAGAGCCGGACGUGGGCCUCCAGAAAGGGUGCCAACAGAGGGUGGGGCUUCUUGUCCCCCAGCAGUUGCAAGGCCCUCUCACAGCACGCGCGGGCCUCCCCAGGAUCCUCCAGCUCCUGGUGGCACACAGCCAGCCCAGCCAGGGUCAGCAGAGGGCGGUCUGGGCCCAAGGGGGUGCCUAGCCGGGUCUGCAGCUGCCAGGCGUUGGCCCAGAGCGCCAGAGCCUCAUGAUAGAGGCCGGUGCAGGUGAGGCUCUGGGCCCGCCGCAGCUCGGGCAGCACGAAGAAGUCCUGCAGGUCCGGGGCAAGGCGCAACUCAGGCACUGCCUGCAGGUGGCUCAGAAACUGCUCGAAGGCCCGGCUGCGGCGGGCGAUGGUCUCUGCUGUAAAAUUCCGGCGCAGGCGCUUCCGGGGGAAUGAGAUGGCGGCCAUGGGGCCCCGGAACUGUCGCUGCAGGUUUCGGUGCAGCCGCUCAAAGUCCGAGUAGCGGCGAGAGAUGUGGGCUGGCUGGCGAUCAGGUGGCCCUGGACCCAUCACGGCGAGGGUGUAGAGCUGUAGGGAGGGUGGGGUCAGGGCAGGUGUGAGUUGUCCGUGCGCCCCUUCCCUCCCCACACCCACACCUCAAGCUGUGUUCCCCCACUUCUUCCCUUUGCCCCUGAGACUGGGCCCAGGAGGGUGGGAGCUGCUGGGGCGGCAGCCAGGGAGCCCAGUCCCAUCUUACCUGAGGCUCGUCUGAAAUGACCCAGGCCCAAGGCAGCACGGGGAGAGAAAGACAGAGAUGAGCUUCAGUGCCUGGAGCUGCCACCCCUUUUGCCCCUUCCAGGGAGCACUCCCUUCCCAUAGGGCAGUUACCUCUUCUGACAGCCCCUCUGGUAAACCAGCUGGGAGCUGAAACCCAGGCCGAUCUCUUGGGCCUCUGAACCAACCUUCAAGACCAGCUUGGACUUUGUUCUGCUCUGGACACAGAACCCCCACAUUCUUAGCCAGGUUAUUCCAAAGCAGACCUGGAGGAGAGGUCUUCAGAUAGACCAAUAGCGAUCACUUUGAAGAGGGCAUCGGGACACAGGUCCUAACCCCCCAGUCCCCUACUUCCUCGCGGCGUGUCGUCAGGCAAGGCAGGCCCCCCCUGGGUCUGCUUUCCUCGAAGUGGGGGCCUAGGUCAGUGUCCACUCACAGGUGGGAUGCGUGUAAGUAAAUAUUGGUCCUGAGAUUCUAGGUGGUAUGUGCUGGAGUAAAUAACACUGAAGCAGACAGGAAGUGAACCCCCCCCCCAAUUCUCUUUGAAUCCUGACUACAGAUGAGAAGCUCUCUCAGUUUGGUUUUUAAAACGCACUUCUCCCAUGCUUCUCAUCUCCACUUUCAGAAAAGACCUAGAAAGCAAAUCUCAGGUCAGGGCCUUCAGGCAACAGCAUUCAUGCAGGGUUUUAAUGACUGCUUUUAUUGUAUUUUUACCGUAUGGCAAGCAAGGCUUUCCAGCUACAGUACUGCUUUGAAGUCUUUUGAACUUAUUUACGGAAAAAAAUGGGUUUACUUAAAGAAAAAUGUUAAGCAGGGAAUGGUACGAAUAGCAUUUAGCUAGGACGAGAAUCAUGAAGGUGGUACUGGAAUGACUGAUGUUUGAGAAACGCUGAUCAAGAUGACCAUGAAGCUGCCCCUAGGUCUGACCACCUGAAUACGGAUUAAUCUGUAAUAAUGCUGACCCACCAGGUUUAAAAAGGGGGAUUAGUUAAGCAUGAGAUGUUGAAGACACACUAACACCCAACCCAGACUUUUCUCUUGAAUUUGUUCUGUGAAACUGCCAAUAUUCUAGCCACCUCUGGUCUAGUCUAUACUUCUCUCAAAGAUUCAGUGUAUGUUAACACUAUUUAACCUUAAAGAAGUUUAUUUUACUCCCGUUCAGUUCUGCAUUCCCCAAACUUACUGGCUGCAAGACCUUUUUUUUUUUUUUUUUUUU